AUGAAGUCGACUUGUCUUGCCAAGUUGCUGUUUUUGCUGCAAAUUCUUCAUGGAAACUUGAUAUACACUGCAAAUAUAAACAAACACACUGGAAAUUUACACACAUUUAACGGUUCGCCACGAAUUAAAUCGCAAAAUGGCCACAAUGGCACGAGAUUCCUACAGAAUCGCGGAGGUAGAGACUGCGCCAUGAUCCCCUCCUUCAUGAAAAAGACACAGGAGAAGGGGAAUGAAGAUGAAAAGGACGAGGGGUUGGAGAUUGUCAAGGAUCAGAUCUACAACGAGCUGAAGCAAAGUGAGGACGUCUUAAAGACUGUGUUUUCAAGGAUUCUAGACCACAUACUCUACUACGCCAAGCACAAGGUGGUCAAUAGUUUUUUGCAGUUUUACAUUGUCAAUCCACUCGGCAUGGGAGCCGGGAAUUUGCUAAAUUCAGAUGUUAAUGAUUCGUAUAUUACCAGCUUAGCUACAGGAGUGUCUAUGAAUGAUGGAACGUACUCCAUACUACCAAGCAGUGAGCUACUUGUGAGGGAGGAUUAA